AUUAUUGAAGCAAUCAAGGAUUUGGUCACAAAUGCUCCGUUCGACUGCAGUGAAAACGCAAUGUGCCUCCAGGCAAUGGACUCGUCUCAUGUGGCGUUAGUAUCGUUGAAACUAGAAGUUGGCUUAUUUGAAACGUAUCGUUGUGAUCGAACCAUUAAUUUGGGAAUGAGCUUAGCGAAUAUGGCUAAAGCUUUGAAAUGUGCUAAUAAUGAUGACACUUGUCUCAUUAGAUAUGAAGAGAAUGACGCUGACUCAAUUACGUUCACAUUCGAAGAUACUAAGAGACCAUAUUUUGUUGGCGAAGAUCCUGCAGUUCUUUCAUCUUGA